AUGAGUCAUUGUCACGAUGAGCAUGAGUCGCAUGAACACGAACAUUCUCAUGAUGGUCCAGAUCGCGGAACUGAAGCUUCUCUUUACCCAUGUAUAGACCAUGAGAAUAUUCGUUGUUUAAACGAAAGUGUAGCAGGUUCAGGAAAGAAUGUCAUAAAACCUUGGCACGAAAGAAACGAUACAACUAAGGCUUGUAUUAAUGCUUUAACGAUUGAGGCGAAUGUGUAUAUUAACCGCGAAGAUAUUGAUUUUGACACCGUUGAUUCCUAUACUGCAACCCAGGAGUGGGAAUUAGUUUCUAGCCCUGAUAAUGUUGAAUAUAUUACAAGGAUGGCAAAAAUGUACAACGUAAGAAAUUUGACUCUUUAUUUUCCUGAAAACUUUGGAGAUGAUGUGACGAGGAUUUUUUACAUCGGGCUUAAAGGAGAAUGGACUGAG